AUGUCUUAUGCGCUCCUUCAGAACACCACCCAAAUCAUUCGUUUUAGAACACGCGCAUGGACGAUACCGAUGCUCACACUUGCGAAGCGCCAGGAGUUGCCGUACCCUGACAAAAUUACCCGCGCAAGCCCAACACAUGGUGAGUACGCUGGACAUGAUAAUGUGAUGUUCGUAUCGCCUUGCAAUGCGGAAGAACUGCAUGCACUGGACAUACCCUUCGGUGAUUUUUUGUUAGAAAAAGCGGCUUUUCUACGCAUGAGUUGCUCAGAGAGGCAGCAGGUGCAAAACUUGGCCUCGAAGGUCGUGGUGGUGUAUAUGAACUUGCGGGAGAGUGGGUAUUUUGGACAUGCCAUCGACAAUGUGCUGCCCCGAGUUUUCGCAGUUGUUGGCGGUGCCAGGCGAUCUGGACAUCGGGUGUCUCUGGUGCUGCCACCUCUCGGACGAAGGUCCAUGAGCGAGAACACGAAGUUGCUCUGCAAGUUUCUGGGCCUGGAGCUGCUUCAACGAGUGCCUUUGGAACCCCACCGAGUGGUCGGGAUUAGUGGGGUUGCCGCCUGGAGCCGAGAGCUUCGUCAAAGCUUCCAGCAGGCCCUCCGAAACUCUCCGCUGCUUGGGCCUCAGCCUGCGGUGACGUGUCGAGAUGGCCUUGCGCCCCUGGCGCCUCUGAGUGGCAAUGCGACGAAUUCCCUCAGCUCCGCCCUGUCGCAGUGCGCGGCCUGCAGCACGGGGCUAAGCCUCAGUGGCAACGCUUCUGCCGGGAUUUUUCUCGGCCGACACGGCGGGACCCGGAAUGCGAGGCCCGUGGAGGGUGCCCAGCUCCUGGAGGAAGCCUUCCGAAGACGGAAGUUUCUUGUUUAUGCAGAUGCUGGUGCGGUGUCCUUGCUGGAGCUUGCGCGGAGUCUCUACGGCAGUUGUCGGCUAGCGGGCUUCUCAGGUACCGCGAUGGCGAAUCUGAUCUUUCUACCGCCAAGGGCUGCGGUGACGGAGUUCAACCCUUAUCUGCUGUAUGCCAACUACUGGCAGUGGUCCUAUGCUUUGGACUACUGUUACUGCCAACUCGCCAUUCCGCAGAGCAUCACCGCGGAAGAGGCUGAGACCUGGUCCUCGAAAGCUUUGGCGGAACCGAACAGCGACGCUCCAGAGCGUCGCGACACCCGGGGCCCAGGUGUCUCCGAAGAGACUCAUUUGGUACACUUCUCUGUUGGGGAACGCCUCGUGUACAGCUUCCGAUGUUUGGAGCAGCGACUUGCUGCAAAGUACAAGGCGCAACCCCAGAUCAGGAAGGUCGUCGUGACUGACGAGCAGGCCCGCGCUCUGCUUCAGCUCUGCACCUGUGCAGAUGAGACGACAGCCGGGUCUUUAGGCAAGGACGCGGAGGACUACGGCGCUGAAGUUGCGCAGCGACUCUUGGAGAGUGUGGUCGGUCAUUGGAAGUCCAAAAGUGCAGAUGCGGUGCUUGCCGAUGCCCAGCAGAAUGACUUCGAGCUGCGACUGAAGGCCUUCAAGACAUUGGGCACCUCUGUGGAAGGCUACGAGCGGGAAGUGCUGUUGGCCUGUGCCCACAGCGGCACCGAGCAGCUGAAGCUUCUCCUGGAGGCCUCGGAGGAUCCGCCCGUCGAAGCUCGGCUUCGCCGCCUGGCGCAGGCGGCCGUGGAAGGCGAGUUGCCGGCAAAGGCGCCUCGGACUCGGAGCGCGCCGCCGGGCGCAGCGCCUUCUUUGGGAGAGGCUUGCAGCGAGGUGGCCACGCUUCACAGGCCCACGCGGCAUGGCUGCGGCUUUUGCAACCAGAUCACUGACGAAGGACGCGAGACGCUCGCAAGGCUUCGUUUGGCCUCGGGGCGAGCCGUGGCUGCAGAGCGCCGGGCUGCCCAGCGAGUACGUGUCGCAGGGGCCCUGGCCGCUUUGUCUGGACUGCAUCUGCGUCCUGUCCCAGAGGAGCUCCGAUCAGAGAAGGUUUGCCUCUGCUGCAAGGAGGAUGGUGGCAAGCUGCUGCUUUUCCCAUGUGGCCACACUGCCCAUGCCGCCUGUUUGGGUCGGAUGAAUGGUCGUUGUCCGGACUGCCAGCUUGGUCUGGAGGAGGACGAGGCUGUGUCACUCGAUGCCCUGCCAUCGAUGACGGGAAAGAGACUCUGCAGAUUCAGCUCGAAGAUUGCUGCGGUUGCCUCAGAGCUGAAGCGCAUCGUUAGUCGCGACGAAGGGAAAGGAACAGCACAAUGUGUGCUUGUUUGCCAGUGGUCAUCUGCUCUGGUGCAGUUGGAAGCAGCUAUCACCGAAGAGGGUAUGACGCCUUUGGUUCAGCGCGCUGAGAGUGCGGACACCCCAGAGGAUGCUGACAAGAGAAUCAUUCUCCUCGCACCCGACUUUGUACAGAAUCUCGGCAAAGCAAGCGUGCAAGCGAUCUGGCGCGAGCGACUGCUGGCCCCCUGCUCCGUGCGCCACGUUCUGAUCAUGAACGUUCUGCACAGUCCUGCCAAGCGCCACGAGUGGGAGAGGAAGAUCCUGGGCUUGGCACGGAUGGAAUCCUCUGUGGGCAUCGUUCCCGCAGUCGUGCUUCAUCGCUUCGUCGUCCGCGGCACG